GAGUGUGUCUCUGCUGGGCUUUGCACUCUCUCUAUCCGCUUGCUGUUGCGAAGGAAAUUUUUUUUUUUACCUGACUGGACAAAAAUUUUUAUUAUACCAGUGAAAUUUCCAAGUCGUUUCGUACUUUGAAGAGUUUUAAGAACUCCUGCCGAUGCUUUACCUGAGGGAAACCAUGCCCUACCGCAGAGUCCUUCGCCUGGUCCUGCUAACGCUGUGCGGUGUCCUGGUCCCUGCUGUGCUGGCAGGAGACCAAAGUGCGGUGGAGCCCAUUGGUGUCAAUUCUUCGGCUCGCUCUCCUCCCACAGCGUGCCGGCUGCCCGUGGGAGGCAAGGAGGGCUCCAGACCCGAGCUGCCCUCCGGAUCUGGCCCCUUCGAUGCCGCCACCACCACAGCCCGGCUCUCAGAUGCCACCGCCUUCCCCCCGUACACCUCCGAGCUGGAGCCCGAGGACACCACCCACCUGCACCGGCUGGAUGCUGGGGACGGCUCGCUGGGGCCCGGAGCUAUCGGUGCCAUUGUCAUCGCCUCCCUCCUGGGUACGUCUGUGCUUGUGGCCUUGGUUGUCAUCACGCUGAGAAAGUUCUCGACCUCCUGA